AUGGCUACCAUAUGGGCUGCCUUGGUGGUAGUAGGAAAUACUCUCGAGUCGUACGACGAUCAACCGCCGCCAUCUUUCGAUGAUCAAGUUAUAUAUCAGGAAUAUAGCGAUUUAGACACUGUACCACUUGCUGUCGAUCAGAAAAUUGGGAACGCAAUGAAAAGAGGUUAUAAUACGUUAAGAGAGCCUGACGAAAACACGGCCGUGUUGUUGUAUAAAAUUAUACAAGGCUCACGACUGAGAGACGAAUUUCCAGGGCAAUAUUACAGGCCGAUUUCAGAAUCUGUUGAUUAUGUAGAGCUUUCCCCAAAAACACCUGAAACGGUCGACACGAAGAUGAUGGUGACAAAACGAUUGACGAACGUCAACAAACGAAGAGAGGCGAAUAAUGCUUAUAAAUCCAACAGCCGAUAUCGACCACAGCAGAAGUGGAAGGCCAAAAAAGGUUCGCAAAUGAUCUGCUACUUCAAGCUGUGCACGUUCCGUUCACCCUCCUAA